CUUCCCUCACGAAUAAUUUGCAUCACCAAUCAUAUCAUAAACAUACGCCAGAUAAGCCUCACGGCCAUCCUGAAUUUCCCCAGCCGCGCUGGACUGGAAACGGCUGUAAUCCUUCGAUCUGCUGCGGAGUCUCACCCAAACAAUCCCUACCAGUCUUCUGCUGAGUCUCACUUGAGUAACAUCUCAGUCUCAACUCCUCAAUAUCUUACACCAUGUCUUUGUUUCGGUCCUUGACGCGACCGGUGACCUCUGUGGUAUCGUUCCGCGCCCUUUGUGCCGUGUUUGUGGUGAGCGCCGCCCUGGUGACCUCUCAACACGGGCAGGCCAUGGCUCAGGAUAUGGUAAACGUCAUGAGGACAAUGGCUGAGAUGCCACCGGAAGAUCGCAGAGAGGCGAUGGAAGCCGCCGCUAGACGAGGAGGGGACACCUGCGAGGGAGGAAUGACCACAAAUCAUACGCUGGAUACGCCUGGCACGUGUAAUGGGGCGGACCAUAUCGCGUGGCAAGAGCACCUUCUGCGGUGUGCCUGCCGGCCACGUGAGACGGUGGUGUCCCUUCACAACGCUGACACAACCAACAUGAUAAUGCCCUCGAUGGCAGUGGUAGCGCGGUGCAGCGGAUGGUGCUCCACCAUGGGCCACUCGUGUAUGGCCACCAGCACCCGGACGAAGGAAGUCACGCUGUUUCAUUUUGACGCGGUCAACCACCGUAUGCAGUGCGGAGCGGUUAAAGUUGAGGAGGACGUCAAAUGCAGUUGUGGGUGUCCGCUGACCGCCGCCGACUGCACGGAAAGACAGGAGUUCCACUCGGACCUGUGCCUGUGCCGGUGUAAGAAGACCGCCGAGUACCGGCGCGGCUGCGACGCCGACCGGCGCUGGGACAACCGACUGUGCCGCUGCGUGUGCGCCUCGCGCGGAGAGUGCAGCACGGGACUGGGCUGGAGCGACGACUUCUGCAGAUGCCUACCAAUGGUUCUCCCAACAGGCGAAGGGGGUUUCCCGACCAGCAUCGACGAAAAUUCAGUUCGCUAUUAAACUAACUACGCUCAUGUUAAAUCAUUCAACUUGCAAGGACAUUCACGGAUUAUAUUAAUGCUGUUGUACCUAAUUUGUAUCAGUUUUGGUCAUGUCAUGUCAUCGACUUUAUCGACCAAUUUGUUGUCUGCUUUUUAUUAUCACCAGCGCAAGUUGCGCGAGUUAGGGCGAGCUUCGGAAGCAAAAAUAAAUUUAGUUUUCGUCGUUCUCUUUGUUCUUGACUGCUUGCUUUUUGCGCUAUAAUCGCGCAUUCACUCAUUGUGUGAGAGCAUGAAUGAAACCAAUAUAAUCGAUAAACUUGAA